CCCCAAAGCACCAAAGCACGUACUCCCUACCAUAGAGCCCUUGUCGGUCAUUAUUAUUGAACCUCCUGUUCAGGUCAGCGACGGUAUCAUCCCCAAAAAAUUGUAUCCUAUCCUCCCCCCAAUCUUGCUACACAUCAUAGCUCUUUGCUCCCAUCACCCUCCAAUAUAUCUCUUCCCAUCAUACACAUCGACAUCGCCUUAUCAACAGAUGUUCUCUCUACUGUAGUCGACAGGGGACUACAUCCUUUACCUUCCAUACUGGCCUUAGCUCGUUUAUGAAAGAGACAGCCGCCCUGAAAAGCAUCGAGAAACAUCUCGGCCUUCGGCCAUUGUUGAGGACCUGACCUAUACCAUCCAACCGCCCCCCUCGAUUCCCCAGAUGGCGCACAAUUACGAUGUCGGAACGAGAGCGUGGCAGCCCGAUCCAACAGAGGGAUGGGUUGCCUCGGAGGUCAUCUCCAAGACUCAGGAUGGGGACAAGUACAAUCUGGUCUUUGAGCUUGCGAAUGGGGAGCAAAAGAAGGUCGAAAUCACCGCCGCGGCAUUAGAAGAUGAUUCCGAUACGAGUCUUCCGCCGCUGAUGAACCCUACGAUGCUCGAAGCUAGCGAUGACCUGACGAACCUGUCCCAUUUGAACGAGCCAGCUGUUCUCCAGGCUAUUCGACUGCGAUACUCCCAGAAAGAGAUAUACACAUACAGUGGCAUAGUAUUGAUAGCUACCAACCCGUUUGCUCGGGUUGACUCUCUCUAUGUCCCGGGGAUGGUGCAGGUGUAUGCGGGGAAACAAAGAGCUACCCAAGCUCCCCAUCUGUUCGCAAUCGCUGAGGAGGCAUUCGCGGAUAUGUUGAGGAGUGGGCAUAAUCAGACCAUCGUCGUUUCCGGAGAGUCAGGAGCUGGAAAGACCGUCAGUGCGAAGUAUAUCAUGCGAUACUUCGCGACGAGAGAGUCUCCAGACCAGCCUGGGUCGAGGAAGCGCGGACAAGAGGCCAUGAGCGAGACGGAGGAGCAGAUUCUCGCGACGAACCCGAUCAUGGAGGCGUUUGGUAAUGCGAAGACGACGAGGAACGACAACUCUUCCAGAUUCGGGAAAUAUAUCGAGAUCAUGUUCGACAAGCAGACGAAUAUUAUUGGCGCGAAGAUUAGAACAUACCUCCUGGAGAGAUCCAGGCUCGUCUUCCAGCCUCUGAAAGAGCGAAACUACCAUAUCUUCUAUCAGUUAAUUGCGGGUGCUACUGAGGCUGAACGCCAGGAGCUGAGCCUUUUGCCGGUGGAGGAGUUUGAAUACUUGAAUCAGGGCAGUGCGCCGGUCAUUGAUGGCGUCGACGACAAGGCGGAAUUCGAGGCAUUGAAGCAAUCCCUGGCCACUAUUGGCAUCCAAGGCGGCCAACAGUCCGACAUAUUCAAGCUCCUUGCAGCAUUGCUUCAUCUUGGAAAUGUCAAAAUCACAGCAUCCAGGACAGACUCGGUGCUUUCGCCUGACGAGCCAGCGCUGAUGAAGGCUUGUGCUCUUCUGGGUGUGGAUCCCACCGACUUCGCAAAGUGGACGGUGAAGAAGCAGCUUAUCACAAGAGGGGAGAAGAUCACAUCGAACCUGACGCAACAGCAAGCUACUGUCGUCCGGGACUCCGUCGCCAAAUUCAUCUACUCCAGCCUGUUUGACUGGCUUGUGGAGAAUAUCAACCACGGCCUCGCUACGGAUGAGGUGCUGAGCAGAGUCAGCUCAUUUAUUGGUGUAUUGGAUAUUUACGGUUUCGAGCAUUUCGCAAAGAACUCCUUUGAGCAGUUCUGUAUUAACUACGCCAAUGAGAAGUUGCAACAGGAGUUCAAUGCUCACGUAUUCAAGCUGGAGCAAGAGGAGUACUUGAGGGAGCAGAUCGACUGGACUUUCAUCGACUUCUCUGACAACCAGCCUUGUAUCGAUCUUAUCGAAGGCAAGCUGGGUAUUCUGUCCCUCCUGGAUGAGGAGUCCAGGUUACCCAUGGGUUCCGAUGAGCAGUUCGUCACGAAGCUACACCACAACUAUGCAGCCGACAAGAACAAGUUCUACAAGAAGCCUAGAUUUGGAAAGUCCGCCUUCACCGUGUGCCAUUACGCGGUUGACGUGACCUACGAGUCUGACGGAUUCAUCGACAAGAACAGAGAUACGGUUCCAGAUGAGCACAUGGCUGUCCUGAGGUCAUCUUCUAACCAGUUCCUGGGCCAGGUCCUUGAUGCAGCGUCAGCUGUGCGUGAGAAGGACAGUGCAUCUGCAGCAUCCAACGCCGUAAAGCCAGCUGCAGGACGUAAAAUUGGUGUCGCCAUAAACCGCAAGCCUACCCUCGGUGGUAUCUUCAAGUCCUCAUUAAUCGAACUUAUGAGCACCAUCAAUGGCACCGACGUACACUAUAUUCGCUGUAUCAAGCCUAACGAAGACAAGAAAGCCUGGGCAUUCGAAGGUCCUAUGGUUCUAAGCCAACUUCGUGCUUGUGGUGUUCUCGAGACCGUACGUAUAAGUUGUGCUGGCUAUCCUACGAGGUGGACGUACGAAGAGUUUGCACUCAGAUACUAUAUGCUUGUUCCGUCGUCAGGCUGGACGUCUGAAAUCCGUAAAAUGGCAAAUGCGAUCUUAGUAAAGGCUCUCGGCACUGGCAAUGGGCAGAGUCUAGACAAGUAUCAGAUGGGUCUAACGAAGAUCUUUUUCCGCGCCGGAAUGUUGGCGUUCUUGGAGAACUUGAGGACGACUAAGCUUAACGAUUGUGCUAUCAUGAUCCAGAAGAACCUAAAGGCUAAGUACUAUAGGCGGAAGUUUCUCGAGGCUCGCAACGCUACGCUUCUCUUCCAAUCCCUUACCAGGGGUUACAUUGCUCGCAAGCAAACGGAGGAAAUUCGCAAGACAAAGGCUGCUACCACAAUCCAACGUGUUUGGAAGGGCCAGAAGGAACGUAAAAAGUUCAACGCAAUUCGCAACAACAUUAUUCUCGCACAAGCUGCUACUAAGGGCUUCCUUCGUAGACGUCAAAUCAUGGAUACCCGCAUGGGCAAUGCCGCGAGCAUUAUCCAGCGAACCUGGCGAUCUCGCCAACAAAAGCGCAGCUGGAAGCAAUACAGGAAUAAGGUUGUCAUCAUCCAGAGCUUGUGGAGAGGAAAGACUGCUCGUCGCGAGUACAAGACAGUUCGUGAGGAGGCUCGCGAUCUCAAGCAGAUUUCCUACAAGCUUGAGAACAAGGUCGUAGAGCUCACCCAGUCUCUCGGAACGAUGAAACGCGAGAACAAGGCUUUGAUCACUCAAGUCGAGAAUUACGAGAACCAGAUCAAGUCUUGGAAGACCAGGCAUAAUGCUCUUGAGGGCAGAACAAAGGAGCUGCAAACAGAGGCCAACCAGGCUGGUAUUUCUGCCGCACGCCUUUCCGCCAUGGACGAGGAAAUGAAGAAGCUCCAGGCCAACUUCGACGAAUCUGCUGCUAACAUCAAACGACUGCAUGAGGAGGAGAAGGAACUACGCGAAUCUCUCCGACUAUCCAAUGUCGAACUCGAACGUGCCAGACUCAGUUUGACUGAAGAAGAACAGGAGAAGGUCACAUUGAGGCAACAAGUUAACGAUCUUGCAGAACAGCUCGAGAUCGCCAAACGCAUCAUUCCUAUGCCUAUGAACGGAGAGGCAAAUGGUGCAGCUCAAGUUCUACAGAGCGGUCUGAUCAACUUGGUCUCCUCCAAGAAGCCCAAGCGCCGCAGCGCCGGUGCUGAGACCCGUGAAAUGGACCGCUUCAGCGCAGCUUACAACCCCCGCCCAGGAUCGAUGGCUGCCAUGGGCAACAACAUGCACCGCCAGAACUUGGCUGGUGCUCCAGGAGACAAUAUCGAGUUUGAGCUCGAGAACUUACUCGCAGAUGAGGAUGGACUUAAUGACGAGGUAACGAUGGGAUUGAUCCGCAACCUGAAGAUCCCAGCGCCUGGAUCUACGCCACCACCAACAGACAAGGAGGUUCUCUUCCCGUCAUACCUCAUCAACCUCGUCACUUCUGAGAUGUGGAACAAUGGCUUUGUCAAGGAGUCUGAGCGCUUCCUGGCGAAUGUGAUGCAGUCUAUUCAGCAAGAGGUUAUGCAGCACGAUGGAGACGAUGCUAUCAACCCAGGAGCCUUCUGGUUGUCCAACGUUCACGAGAUGCUCUCGUUCGUCUUCCUUGCCGAGGAUUGGUAUGAGGCGCAGAAGUCGGACAACUACGAGUACGACCGUCUCCUUGAGAUUGUCAAGCACGAUUUGGAGAGCUUGGAGUUCAAUAUCUACCACACCUGGAUGAAGGUCUUGAAGAAGAAGCUCCAGAAGAUGGUUAUCCCAGCCAUCAUCGAGUCUCAGUCACUUCCUGGCUUUGUCACCAAUGAGAGCAACAGGUUCUUGGGCAAGCUGCUCCAGACGAACUCUGCUCCAGCUUUCAGCAUGGAUAACCUCUUGAGUCUUUUGAACAAUGUUUUCAAGGCUAUGAAGACGUACUUCUUGGAGGAUUCGAUUGUCACCCAGACGAUGACCGAGUUGUUGCGCCUUGUUGGUGUUACGGCAUUCAACGAUCUUCUGAUGAGGAGAAACUUCCUCUCGUGGAAGCGUGGUCUGCAGAUCAACUACAAUAUCACCCGCAUUGAGGAGUGGUGCAAGAGCCACGAUAUGCCAGAGGGCACCCUUCAGUUGGAGCACUUGAUGCAAGCGACGAAGCUUCUUCAGUUGAAGAAGGCAACCCUGAACGAUAUUGAGAUUAUCCAAGAUAUCUGCUGGAUGCUAUCCCCCAACCAAAUCCAGAAGCUGCUGAACCAGUACUUGGUGGCUGACUACGAACAACCCAUCAACACGGAGAUCAUGAAGGCCGUUGCCUCCCGCGUCACCGAGAAGAGCGACGUGCUGCUCCUGACCGCUGUGGAUAUGGAUGACAGUGGACCCUAUGAGAUUGCAGAGCCCCGUGUCAUCACGGCGUUGGAGACCUAUACUCCAUCUUGGCUACAAACUCCUCGCCUGAAGCGCCUUGCGGAGAUCGUCUCGGCGCAGGCAAUGGCUCAGCAAGAGAAGAUUGACAAUGCCGCGGGCGUGGGCUCUAUUGACGAGGACGAGGAUCAGGAACACGCUGAAGACAAUGAGCAAGUUGUCGAGCUGGACGCCGAAGAGAAUGUUGCUGCCAAUGGCGUUUAAAAAACGUCUCUCAACUGCAACAUAUACCAUCAACGGACGCUCUUCGUUGUAUAUUUUUUUUCUUCGGCACUACGACAUUCUGGUUAUGUGGCCAAAAAAUCAUUUGAAAGAACAAGAAACAGCUACUUGGGGGAAUCAUGUACUAAAAAUCUUGCGGGCGUUUUUAUGCGGUCUGGAAACGAAGGGGAAGAGGGAAGAGGGGAGAUGUAUUGGAUGGUGGCUACGAUAUUACCGUUUUUGUUGAAACUCUAGAACAGGUCGAUGUCGAUGUUGUGUUUUGACUUGGGCGGCCGCUUCAUGAAAUGUUAGAUUUGCACAUGAUUGUAGAAUAUGGACGGUUUUGAGGUGGGGGGGAGGGAGUGUAAUAGUUGAUGAGUCGUAAUUAGGUGGUUUAUACAACGCUUUUACGUCUUUAGAGAGAGAGAAUUUAUCAGUCUGACAGC